AUGGCCGACGAAGGACUGAACAUCUACGACGAGAUCGAGAUUGAGGACAUGACCUUCGAUCCAAAUAUCCAGAUCUAUACAUAUCCUUGCCCUUGUGGCGACCGCUUCGAGAUCGCAAUCGACGAUUUGCGCGACGGAGAAGAAAUCGCUGUGUGCCCCAGUUGCAGUUUGAUGAUCCGUGUUAUAUUUGAUUUGGCCGAUCUUCCCAAAGCCGAUACGCAGAGUACGAGCGGAGUGGCUGUCAAGGCUUGA